GCUCUGUGACUGAGAAAGAGGCAUCUAUUCCACAGCAGGAAGUUGGUGAAGAAGUGAAAAUCCAGGGAAUGUUAUCAGCAGGAUCCCCAGAGGGGAUUCACCAGGACUCUCUAGUUGGAGGACACUGUGACUUUGAGGGCAGGUUAGAGCGGCAGCAGGGAAACCCUGUAGGAGAUAGGGCCCAUCCUUACGAUUCACAUGGCAGCCUCACAGAUAAUUCAGACUUUCCAAAACAAAACCAGAGACAGGAGCAAAGGGUAGAGAAUGCCUAUGAAUGUAAAGACUGUGGGAAAACCUUCAGACUUAACAUAGAACUUAUUCAGCAUGAGCAAAUCCAUAGUGGAGAGAAACCCCAUGAAUGUGAGGCAUGUGGGAAAGCUUUCAAGGGACACUCAGAACUUAUUGAACAUGAGAGAAUUCACAGUGGAGCAAAACCCUAUACAUGUAAGGAAUGUGGGAAAGCUUUCAGGAGGAGCUCAGGUCUUAGUAGACAUAGACGAAUUCAUAGCAUAAUAAAGCCCUAUCGAUGUAAUGAAUGUGGAAAGUCCUUUAAGAGGAGUACAGGCCUUAGUCAACAUCAGAAAGUUCACAGUGGAGAGAAGCCCUAUGAAUGUAACGAAUGUGGGAGAGCCUUCAAGGUUAGCACACACCUUAUUCGUCAUCAGAGAAUUCACAGUGGUGAGAAGCCUUUUGAAUGUAAUGACUGUAGAAAAGGCUUCAGGGAACAUUCAGAUCUUAUUAAGCAUCAGAGAAUUCAUACUGGAGAAAAACCCUAUAAGUGUGAUGAAUGUGGUAAAGCCUUUCGGGGGCAAUCCGGCCUUCUUGAACAUCAGAGAAUUCAUAGUGGAGCCAAACCAUUUGAAUGUAUUCAGUGUGGGAAGGCAUUCAGAAGGAGUUCAGAGCUUACCAAACAUCGACGAAUUCAUACAGGAGAAAAACCCUAUGAAUGUAAGGAAUGUGGGAAACCUUUCAGGCAAAGCUCAAGCCUUCUGGAGCAUCAGAGAAUUCAUACUGGAGAGAAACCUUAUGAAUGUAUUGAAUGUGGAAAAACCUUCAGGGGACCUUCAGAUCUUAUUAAACAUAGGAGAAUUCAUAGUGGAGCAAAACCUUAUGAAUGUAAUGAAUGUGGGAAAACCUUCAGGAGGAGUUCAGGUCUUAAUCGACAUCGGAGAAUUCAUAGUGGAGCAUCACUCCAUGGAUGUGAUGAGUGUGGGAAAGCCUUUAGGAAGAGUUCAGCCCUUUACAGACAUCAAAAAACUCAUAGUAGUUAGAAACCCCGUGAAAGUAAUGAGUUUGGGAAAACUUUCAGAAAAUACUUGGAUUUUGUUAACCAUUAGACAGCUA